GAGAGCCAGUGCGGUCGGAUGACACUAAAUUUCGAUUUUUAGGUUAGGCUAUUGGAGGGAGGUUUAGAUUGAUGCAGUGCACAUGGCUAAAGAGAGUUUUAUAAACAUGUUGAAAACAUACAACAGGAAAGUUGUGCUCUCCGUCGCGGGGGCGACCGUCACCUGCGUCGCGCUGCUGGUAGUUUUGUCGCAGCAUCAGCGGAUUCAGAUGGAUGGGAUGCAGAACGAGAGCGAGGUCGGCUUGCGCUCGCUCCAGAGUCUGGGGGAAUCAGAGGCUGAAGAUGGAGCUCAGACUGGACAGAAUGGAAAGAAAGGAUUCUCGGCGUAUUUUUCCAAGCUGACCCGCAGCAGGAGGGAAGCAGAUAAACCCACCGAGUCGUCCGGAGCGGCGACAGACGCGCCCGCUGAAGACAUCAGCGCCGAUGAUAUCUUCAUCGCAGUGAAGACCACCAAGAAGUUUCACAGGUCCAGACUGGAUCUGCUGCUGGACACAUGGAUAUCCAGAAACAGGCAGCAGACGUACAUCUUCACGGACGGCGAAGAUGAGGAACUGAAGAAGAAAAUCGGAGAUCACGCCAUCAACACGAACUGCUCUGCUGCCCACAGCCGCCAGGCUCUCUCCUGCAAGAUGGCUGUUGAAUACGACAAAUUCAUUGAUUCUGGCAAGAAGUGGUUCUGUCAUGUCGAUGAUGAUAACUACGUGAAUGUGAGGACGCUGGUAAAGUUGCUAUCCAACUACCCUCACACUCAGGACAUGUACAUUGGCAAACCCAGCCUGGACCGGCCUAUUGAGGCAACAGAAAGACUUGGGGACAGCAAGAUGAGACCUGUCAAUUUCUGGUUUGCCACUGGAGGGGCAGGCUUCUGUGUCAGCCGUGGUUUGGCUUUGAAGAUGAGCCCCUGGGCAAGUGGUGGCCAUUUCAUGAACACUGCCGAGAAGAUCCGUCUUCCUGAUGACUGUACCAUUGGCUACAUCAUUGAGUCAGUUCUAGGGGUUCCUCUGACCCGAAGCAGCUUGUUUCACUCUCAUUUAGAGAACCUGCAACAGGUGUCCAAAUCAGAAGUACACAAACAGAUCACAUUGAGUUAUGGAAUGUUUGAGAACAAGAGGAACAUCAUUAACAUGAAGGGGGCUUUCUCUGUUGAGGAGGACCCAUCCAGGUUUAAGUCAGUGCACUGUCUGUUGUAUCCAGACACCCCGUGGUGCCCUCCUCAGGUUGCCUAGUAAGGCAACCGACUCCUUUCUUGUAUCCUCGUCCCUCACUGCCUCGGUAUCUGAAAGGCAUGUGGGACCAGUGUGGUAUUGGGCCGUGUGGCUGCUGCAUGUACUCUGCAGUGGCGUACGGCCUUCAUGAUUAUACUGGGCUGCUGUGCGGCCCGCCUUUGAACAUUUCCUUCCUGCCUGGUGCCUGAACGUCCUGUCCAAUCCAGACAUGACGUAGGACCCGGCAGAAGGAGGCUUUCAUUGUCAAGCUUUGCAGGCAAUCAACUGUGCUUUAUGUCAUUGCUAUUGCUUGUAUCCCAUUUUCAAUUCUCAUAGAAUGUAUGUUUCUGGUAUACCCAAGCCUUUUGCCAGCUUUAUAUGCUUAGUUUUCAUUUCUAAUUAGCAAAUGAGCUUGCUCUUUAUAUUUUUAUUCUCUCCAAAUACCGGUCAUGUUGGUCCCUCAGGUUUAAUGAUUUGAUUUUGAUGGUCAAUGUUUUAAAAUACUUGGUAAAUUCGUAAAAUGGGUGCUUUAUUAUCUAGUUCUAAUUUGUAAAGGACUCCGGACAAAAUUAACGAUAUGAAGGUCUAUUUUAUUAACAAUGUAAUUUCUUUGAUGUCAAUGUUAAUAUAAUUAUUAUUACUAUUUGGUUUUUUAUGACAUUUUGUGCUGGCAAUAGGCAAUUUUCCAAAUAUGCUGUCAGAUUAUCUUAAUCUGUGGCGUAUGAGGAUGGAGCACUUUUUUCCCUAAAUCAUCCUGACAUUUUAUGAUGAUGAUAACUUUAAGCUAUGUGAAAAUGCCCCAAAUCUUUAGAUGUUUAUAUUAUUUAAUGCCAUUGCAUUCAAACAAUCUUGGCAUACAGAUUUUGGUGUGAUUUUGUAUUUUGUUUUGCUUUGCUCAGAGAUGUACUUAAGUGUAAGUUUCACAGCUUGGUUUAAAUCUACUGUUUGUUGGUUAUGUAAAGUGUCUCUCACUCUUUCUAUUGGCAGCAGGGCUUUUGCCAACACAAAGUUAUGUCAAAAACAGAUGGCAGCUAAAGUUUAAGAUGUGUUUAUAACAUGGAUCUGAGAUCUCUGAUCCCUUUUGCACAGUGUGAUCUGGAUAAGAGCCAGAGAUUUCCUCAUUCCUUUAGAAGUAUUGUACAUCACUAUGCCUGCUAUACUGAACAUGUUAUCUGAGAGCUUUACAUGAGCAAUGACAGUGAUCCUAACAGAGUUACUUUCACUCUGUGGGAAUGACCCAUAUUGGGUAAGCCUGUAUAUGUUAGUUUAAAGCAGUAUUUAUGUACUGUGCCAUUUUAAAACAAUUGUAUUUGGACAUAAAUGUUUCGAUAUGAACGCAUUUUGGGUCACUUAUGGAUCAGAAAGUGUUCUGAUGAAAUAAAUGUUUUUUUUUUGUUUUUUUUUUUUUUUUUAUGCUCUAAAUUUUGCUAAUGGCUGUAAUUUAUAUUCCAGUAUCUGGAUUUUAUUGAUUGUUCAAAUGUUGUGCUCUCAGGGAUCACAAUCCUGAUAUUGUUGCCAUGGGUUGCCUUGGUAAUUCACCAUUUAGCUUUUCAAUAAAGCAGCAUAUUCGCUAAGAAACUUUA